AUGGAAGGCUCCGAGGGCAAGCACCUACUUGACGCUCUCGCUCUUGCUCGCCGGCUAGUCACUCAUCGGAUCAGCGCACCGGGUACAUGCAGGAACCGACUCGACACGCUGGCUCUUGUUCGCCGGCUUGCUAUUCAACCUCUCAACACACCAGUCAUAUGCAGCCAAGGGAUCAAUGGGGUCCCUUGGGUGCAUAUGAUGCGACUCGACACUCUCACUCUCGCUCGUCAGCGCGUUACUCGAAUGAUCAGCGCCCCACGUUCAUUCAGGAACCUGCUUGACACUCUUGCUCUCGUUCACCGGCUCACCAUUCAACCUUUCAACACGCCAGUCAUAUGCAGCCAAGGGGUCAAUGGGGUCCCUUGGGUGCAUAUGAUGCGACUCGACACUCUCACUCUCGCUCGUCAGCGCGUUACUCGAAUGAUCAGCGCCCCACGUUCAUUCAGGAACCUGCUCGACACUCUCGCUCUCGUUCGCCGGCUCGCCAUUCAACCUUUCAACACGCCAGUCAUAUGCAGCCAAGGGGUCAAUGGGGUCCCUUGGGUGCAUAUGAUGCGACUCGACACUCUCACUCUCGCUCGUCGGUGCGUUACUCGAAUGAUCAGCGCCCGACGUACAUUCAGGAACCUGCUCGACACUCUCGCUCUUGUUCGCCGGCUCGCCAUUCAACCUUUCAACACGCCAGUCAUAUGCAGCCAAGGGGUCAAUGGGGUCCCUUGGGUGCAUGUGAUGCGACUCGACACUCUCACUCUUGCUCGCCGGCGCGUUACUCACAUGAUCAGUGCCCCACGUUCAUUCAGGAACCUGCUCGACACUCUCGCUCUUGUUCGCCGGCUCGCUAUUCAACCUUUCAACACGCCAGUCAUAUGCACCCAAGGGGUCGAUGGGGUCCCUCGGGUGCACUUGAUCAACCUAAUCAAUACUCUCGGUCUUGCUUGCCAGCUCAUCACUCUAGUGUUCAACCAGAUGACAAAUCUACUAGAUAUUCGUCAAAAACAAAACAACAAGAUUCUACCCAGAAUCCGCAAUCCGUAUUUCACCAUGAUGGUCGACCCCCCAAUCAAGGUCUUACAGCUGAACAAUAACCCUUUGAAGCCAUUUCUCAUCCAUUCGUCUAAGUACACUUCCAAACGAUUAAUUGUUACAAAUAACAAUGGCUCAAAAACACUGUUUCUUAUUCAAUUCCAUCCACUACACUCAAGCAACUCAAUUGAUCAAGAAGUUGUUGCAAAACUUGCGGAAAUAAUUCAAGACCUAUUCCUGAUGGCUAAAAAUCGACAAGAUAUCAAACCAACCACCAUGAAAAGUGGUAAGAUGCAAGGGAUUGGAUUCCGGGGGGCUUCUGAUGAAGGUGCCAAAGCAGGCACCUAUGCACGCCGGCGUGAUCUUCCUCAAGAUGUCAUAGAGGAGGACAAUCGCCUUUGGGACAAGCUCCGAGAUCACAACCGAUUUUUGUGCAGUCGAGUCAAAAACUUUUCGUUUGAAUCCUUCAAAGAAAACGCCGAAAUCAUCAAGGAAUUUGGCAUCCCAAGCUGGUCACACGAUGAGUGGAAUGAAUUUGAAGACGAAUGCAAUGGAAUAUUCUCCAGCGCCAUUGUCACUCACUCCGACUUCUCAAAUGACGAACACAUGGACGACGAUUUAAACCCCUGGUCAUACGGUUUGUUCAGCUACAUCAACCCUUCAACCGGUGUGCCAAUCGUACCCAAUAGUGAAGCUAUGGUUCCUGGCCAUGCACUCCACUUUCCUGAUUUCAGAUGCGAUAUUGACUUUGGGAUGUUGCCUGAUUUGUCAUCGGCUCAUGCAAAGAGCAAUAGCCCUGAAGAAGCUAUCAGCUGA